AUGCGAGACGGACGCGGUAGACGAUCGUUCGCCAACCAAUGGCGAUUAAGUCAAGGGCUUUUUCUGUUUGUGGCUACUAAUCAGUCCGCUCCGUUAUACGAUGCAGUGCUUGUAGACGUCGGAGGGACGCUGCUGAAAACCGCUGAGCCCGUUCAAGACACGUACGCCGCAUACGCCGGGAAAUACGGUGUGACUGUAUCGGCGGACGAAAUUAAGAAGGGAUUCAGACGAGCGUUCGCGGAGCCAUGGCCUCACGGUCUGAGAUACGAGGGCGACGGGCGGCCGUUUUGGCGGCAUGCAGUUGCCAUGGCAACAGGGUCUGACAGCCAAGAGCUAUUUGAAGAACUCUACCAGCACUAUGAGAAGGCGUCGGCAUGGAGGGUGUCAGAGGGUGCUGUGGAUGCUCUGUUGAGGCUCAAGCAGGCAAAUGUCCGCCUGGCGAUUGUGUCCAACUUUGACUCCAGAUUACGCCCGAUCCUGCGGGACCUACAAGUUGACUCGCUGUUUGAUGCGAUUGUCGUCUCGGCUGAAGUGAAAUACGAGAAGCCAUCCCCAGAGAUAUUCGCCAUUGCUCUUGAGCAACUUGGUGUGUCGUCUCCCAGUCGUGCAGUGCAUGUGGGGGAUGAUGCAGUGAACGACUUACAAGGAGCCAUGGAUGCUGGCCUGCAUGCAUGGUUGUGGAAACAGGACGUUAAAUCUUUUGAUGAUAUCACACAACGGUCGUUAAUCUGCGGGCUGGGAAUCCUCGCGUGCUCGUGCUCCUUCGUCGUCGGAGUGCUGAUCGCCGCGAGGGAACCACCGGAGAAGCUUAAGAUCGACAAGUACGUCCCUGACGUCGAAUCUCCGUACCGGCCAUUCUUCAAGCCGCCGUCUCUCCUCCACACAUCUAACAAUCCCUCUUCUAGCUCCAAGUCUCUCAGCCUCUUCGGCAGCUUAAAGCCCACCGAGGCGGCCGCGGGAUUGGAAAAGGAGAGAAGGGAGGGAGGGGAGGUAGAAGUAUCCGUGGUGACAGCGGCGGCUCCUAUAACAGCGGCGGCUCCUUUCGGAGCGAUCGACUCACAGAUCGUCCAAACAGCCCCGACCAAGACAACUUUGUGGAAAGAUACCCCCGGAACCAUUCCCAAGGGCACACCCAAGGGGUACCCUCACUAUCCGUCAUGCACAAGACCACCCAACUACCAGGGUUAUCCGAACCAUCCAGGUGCUGUAGCAGCAGGGGUAGGGGGUCCCUCUCCCUAUGCCAGUCACCCCGGCACCCCCAGGACUCCAGGUUGA